AUGUUCACCCAAAGCUGUGAGACCUACGAUUUGACCCCUCGAGACGACUACCUCAUCCGCAACGAUCGCCAAUUAAUAACAUCCACAUCUCACCAAUCCAUCGGUGCAUCCAAAACCCUCAACUCCUUCCAACUCCCUGCCGGAAACUAUGAAUUCCCCUUCAGCCUCCCAAUAGCUGGGAGAAUACUCGAGACCGUCACUGCUCAACGCCACAUGUACCACACCUACCAUGUCCAAGCCAUAAUCGAGCGCCGCUUCAAAGCGGACUCAGUAUUCUCUCGACCCAUCCGAAUUUACCGCUAUCCUAACUUAUCGACCGAGCCUCAAAUGACAUCUAUACCCACGACCAUCGUACGACAAUCCGAACAAGACAUCCAGUACUGCAUCUCAAUCCCAGAAUCAAACAUCCCCUUCGGAAGCAAAUUCCAAACCAAAUGCCAUUUCUCCCCUCUCUCAAAAAGUCUCAACCUGAAGACGAUAUCGAUCUCAGUCCUAGAAAACCACAGUCUGCAAAUCGACGCAACAGCAGCAGAAUCAGCAACACUCGGCAUGAUGAAAAUAAAUUCAAAUCGAACAUCUACGCUCUUUGAAGCCGAGCACGACUUCUCAAAUCAAAUACCCGACACAUCAUUAACAGAGAACGGCGGUAGAGAUGGCGAUAUACGCUCUGCAGAAUGGCCUUUAAGCCUUCCGGUGCAAUUACCAGAGAGCUUUGACCUGGCUUCACAGUCUGUUUCGACGAGUGUUAUUCGCAUAACCCAUGAACUGGCUAUACAAGCGCAGUUCCAUAAUACCGAGACAGAUACACCUAUACUGAUCCAGGAACGAAUUCCCUUCUCGAUUUACAUGACACCCGCAGUUAUCGGAGAUGAUGGAACAAUCUACGGUCAAGAUCUUCAAUGUUUCCAGGAAUAUGAAAAUGCGCCUCCAGCCUAUGGUCGACAUAAGUGUGAUGCGAUUCCGGAGGAAUGGGCUGAGUAUCUGAACCAGCUCAGCGUAGAAAGGGCACGAGUGGCGAGUGAACAGUGCUUUCAGCCAGGAAUCAGUAAUGUGUCGUGUGUUCCAAUUCCUGGGGUGUCUUUGGAGACUGAACCACCCGCCUACCGGUUUUGUUCUACUUAA